UUGGAUUUCUGGGUUACCUGACCUCGCUGGCUGCGCCUGGGCCGGAGAUAGGGGGCUUUGAGAAGAUUUACUAUUUCACUUACUGGUUCUGCGAAUAUUUUUAUUCUUUUCAUUCAUGCAGGCACUGUGUGCCUUAAACACGUCUCCUUUCACUCUCUACGGUUUAAGCCUCGUGGGAAACCAGGAGCAGGAACAAACCUGGCUUGAGGCUGCCCAGGCCUUCAUCCAAGAGACCCUGUGUUCACCUGGCAAGGAACCUAAUGUUCCUUUGACUCAGUUGGUAAUUGAUUGUGUGAAGACUGUCUGGCUGUCUCAGGGAAGGAACCAGGAUUAUACACUACCCCUCAGCUAUAGCUUUGUGUCAGUACAGGACCUCAGGACCCACCAGCAUCUGCCAUGCUGCAGCCACCUGUCCUGGAGCGGUAGUACAUACCAGGCUUGGGCCCAGGAGGCUAGACCAAAUGGGACUGCUCUGCCACGGGAGCGGCUUUUGCUUUUAGGGAUGUUAACAGACAUAUCAGGGGAACAAGAAUGCAGGGAUGGAAGCCUCUAUGUGCAAGAUAACACUGGAGUCCUGUGCUGUGAGCUCAUAGAUCUGGACCUUUCUUGGUUGGGCCAUCUCUUUCUGUUUCCCAGUUGGAGUUACCUGCCUCCUGCCAGGGGGAAUUCCUCAGGGGAAGGGCAUUUGGAACUCUGGGGUGCUCCUGUGCCAGUGUUUCCUUUGCCAAUCAGUCCUGGCCCUGUCACUCCUAUUCCUGUCCUCUACCCAGAGAGUGCCUCCUGUCUGCUCAGGCUCAGAAGCAAGCUCAGAGCUAUGCAGCAAAACCUGGCUGGGAAGCUGGUUCGAUUGAGUGCUCUGAUAAAAAGUAAACAGAAAGCUUACUUUGUCCUUUCUCUUGGUGGACCAUCCCCAGGCAGCAGCCAGCCUGUCAGCCAUGUGUCCAUUGUCGUGCAGGUUCCUGCUCAGCUGGUGUGGCACCGAGCCCUUUGGCCUGGUAGGGCCUAUGUGCUGACAGAACUGCGAGUAUCCAAGAUCCGUGGUCACUGUUACCAUGUUUGGAUGACCAGUCCCUCCUCCCGUCUGUUGCUGCUGAAACCAGAAUGUAUACGUGAACUAGAACUGGACCUCAAAGGACCCCUCCUAGAGGCUUCCCCCAAGCUACUCCCCACACCCAGCAACUCGCAGCAAGGGGACAGGAAGGGACAAAGAGGUUUUGUCCGGGACUCCAGACUCUUAUCAUAUUCGGGAACAGUUACUGGAGUGUUGAAUGAGCCUGCUGGCCUCUAUGAGCUAGACAGGCAGCUGGAGCUCUGCCUUGCCUACCAGCAGUUCCAUGGCUUCAGGAGGGUGUUGCGACCAGGAGUCUGUCUGGAGCUCCAGGAUGUUCACCUCCUUCAGUCAGUGGGUGGAGGGACAAGAAGGCCAGUGCUAGCUCCCUGCCUCCGUGGUGCUGUUCUUCUUCGGAACUUCUCUUGUCAGAAGCCUGGAACUCAGUCAUCCCACCAAGCCUAUGGGACAUCCCUGUAUGAGCAGCUGGUAUGGGAACAUCAGUUAGGACUUCCCCUCUACCUGUGGGCGACCAAGACCCUGGAAGAGCUGACUUGCAAGUUAUGCCCCCGUGUGCUGCGACACCAUCAGUUCCUACAGUGUUCCUCUCCUGGGAACCCCAGCCUAGGACUACAACUCCUGGAUCCUACCCUGGAUGUUCUAGCUCCAGCAGGCAGCCCCAUUCGGAAAGCACAUAAUGAGAUGUUUGAAGAGCUGCAUUGCUGUCCCCUCCAGAAGUAUGCUCAGCUGCAGACUCCCUACUCUUUCCCCACUCUGGCUACCUUGAAAGAGGAAGGGUGGCGCAGGGCCUGGGCCUCCUUUGACCCUAAGGCUCUUCUGCCCCUGCCAGAAUCCUCCCACCUGUCCAGCUGCCAACUCAAUCACCGCCUGGCCUGGUCCUGGCUCUCUCUGCUGCCCUCUGCCUUCUACCCAGCUCAGGUUUUACUUGGGGUUUUGGUAGCUUCAUCUCAUAAAGGUUGUCUGCAACUUCAGGACCAAAGUGGUUCCCUGCCCUGCCUGCUCCUGGCCAAGAACUCACAGCCCCUCACUGACCCAUGGCUCAUAGGCUGUCUGGUGCGGGCAGAGAGGUUUCAGUUGGUCAUAGAGAGGACCGUCAGAAGUAACUUCCCUUCCUGGAGGGAGCUGAGCAUGCCAGGCUUUAUCCAGAAGCAGCAGGCCAGGAUCUAUGUCCAGUUCUUUCUGGAGGAUGCCCUAAUCCUGCCUGUACCCAGAUCCUUCCUUCAUUCAGCCACUUGCUCAACACCUCAGACAGAUCCCACUUGCCCAGACAGACCCUACAAAGAACAGAGCCGGCUGUUCUUGCUGUCCCACAAAGAGGCCCUCAUGAAGCGGAAUUUUUGUGUCCUCCCAGGGGCCUGUUCAGAGGUGCCCAAGCCCACCCUCUGUUUCCAUGUGUCAGGAAGCUGGCUUGGAGGCACACAGAGGAAGGAAGGGACUGGAUGGGGCCCAGCCGAGCCUCAGAGAAGUGAGGACAAGAAUAAGAAGGUUCUCCUUAUCUUCCUUGGCUCUUCCGUCCGCUGGUUUGAGUUCCUGCACCCAGGGCACGUGUACCGACUUGUGGCUCCUGACUCCCCUCAGACGUCAGUGUUGUUCGAGAAUGACAGUUCAUCGUGUGUGUCUCAGCGUCCUCUGGAGUUGGCUGGCUGUGUAACCUGCAUCACUGUCCGGGAUGAGUGGACGCUGGAGCUUGAGAGCUCCCAGGAUAUCCCAGGUGUUCUGGGUACAAACAAGGCACUGCCUGAGUCCUCACUGACUGACCUAUUCUGUAGCAACUUCACCGAUUCCUUAGUGUCUUUCUCAGCUGAGAUUUUGUCACGGACACUGUGUGAGCCGCUUCUGACCCCUCCUUGGACGAAGCCUGGGAACACUAAGGCCAUGCGAGAGUGUGUGAGGCUAACCGUAGUCCUAGUUACUGCUGACUGUGAAUUCCCCCCUCACUUGGACAUCUAUAUCGAAGACCCAUACUUGCCUCCCUCACUAGGACUUCUUCCAGGAGCCCAGGUCUACUUUAACCAGCUGGAGAAAAGAGUUUCCAGAUUCCAUAAUGUUUACUGUUGUUUCCGGUCAUCCACUUAUGUGCAGAUCCUGAGUUUUCCCCUGGAGACUACAAUCAGUGUUUUGCUGCCCCAGGUCUACCUGGCUGAACUUCUGCAGGGUGGCAGGGCCCCAUUCCAGGCCACUGCUUCUUGCCAUAUUGUUUCUGUGUUUAGCCUUCAGCUCUUCUGGGUGUGUGCUCAUUGUACCAGCAUCUGCCCCCAGGGAAGGUGCACUCGUCAAGGCCCCACUUGCCCUACGCCAACAUCUAUAAGCCAGGCCAGCAUCAGUCUCCUGGUAGAGGAUGGGACUGCUGAAGCUGUGGUGACCUGUAGGAAUCAUCAUGUGGCAGCAGCACUGGGGCUGAGUCCUAGCGAGUGGACCUCCCUCCUAGAGUUUGUCCGAGUGCCAGGGAAAGUGGCCUUGCAAUUUUCAGGGUCUGGAGCCCAACUUGAGUCCUCAGCCAAGAUUGACAAGCCCUUGACCCUCUUCCUCCGGACACUUUGUACCAGCCCCUGUGUCCUCCGCCCUAUUGUACUUUCGUUUGAGCUUGAGAGGAAACCUUCUAAAAUUAUCCCAUUAGAGCCUCCUCGGCUACAGCGAUUCCAGUGUGGAGACCACCCUCUCCUGACUCAUGUGAAUCCCAAGCUCAGACUAUCCUGCCUUUCUAUCCAAGAGUGAGAGCACCCCAGAUGUCUGGGGGUCUCUGCUUCCUCCUAUUUAACCUGAACUGCAAGAAUGGCCUGAAAGUUCUUCUGGCCUUGCUGGAAACCUGAGACCUGGGUCCCAGCUAUUCCACUUUGUCAUGGCUCCUACUUUCUCUGUGACUGAACUAGGACUUGAGAUCCCUGGAUUCACAAACUGCUACCCACUGUAAUUUCUCCUCCUUGGUAUUCUGGCAUGGGUCUGCCUGGGAGAAAUUGUGGGAACAGACAAAUCAUUGUGCUGUUGAUUAACUUCCUCUCUGGGGUCAAGCACCUGCACUCACAGGUGACCCUGAGCACCUGGGUUCUGCCUUUGUGGCAGGAACUGGAGGAACAAGACUUCCCCCUGUGGGGGUGCUGAUGACAGGCCUUUUGGUCUGCAGUAAAUAAAGCUCUGGUGAAGUUUCUCUC